UCAUGUUGGAUUUUAAUCUGCUGCGUGAAAGCAAUUCUAAUUUGAAUUGUUGCCUUGUGGGGAAGUGUCUUGAGUGAUGGGCAAAUAUGUUACUGCAUGGGUGUUAUGGGAUAACUUUAGGCAGAGGAGAUGAGCGUCUCUGUAUUGGGGGAAAAACAGAAGCUUCUGACUUGUCCUCCUCAGCAGCUUUUCUCCUGUAACCACAGGAGAGGUCUGUGGAGUCUUGAGUCCCGUGCCCUAACGGGACGGAAUGCAGGAUACCGUGCAUCCAGUGGCCUGUUGCAUGGCCUCUUGCCAGCCUCCUCCAGAAGAGAACAUUAGGACUGGUGAAUUGCCAGCUCUUAGCAGUGCAUAUCUUUCUCUCUGGCUCCUUGAAAAUCAGGAUAUGAUUUCAGGAUGGUAUAAAUCAACUGGUCACUUGAUAUAAUGGCAAAGUAAAACGGUAACAGGUGCCUGGGGAUAACUCAGAUGGAUACCACUUCUAGCUUUCCUCCUCUGAAAGCCCUUCCCCUGCAUGGCAGAGACAUAACUUCUUCAAGCAAGGAAGUAUCAAAGGGAUUCCUUACAAAAAGGAGCUUUCAGCUUCUCUUGCUGAGUCUGAAUGUUGCUGAAGUGGUUUAUAACUGCAUGUUCCCUAAAGAGCUUUGUCUUAAUGGAGCCGAAUGUCCAUGCUUCUUCUGGCUUUUUCUUCUACUUGAACAUUAAAGCUUUUCCCUUGCUGUUGUUUUUAACCUGACAGCAACUUGAUCACUCUCCCUGAGAUCAAGUUGACUUUUUUCCCCCUCCUAACUCAAAAUUGUCAAAAGGGAAAUAUCUCUUCUUGCUGUUUUCUGUGUUCCUGGUAACUGAUGGCUGCUUUGUGACAGAGCAGCUGGGCUCUUUUAUGACAAGCUGAGAUGUGUCCCUGACUGGUACCUCCUUUCUCAUUUCCACCACACGUAAAUGUUCUGGAUGGGGAAGGUGGGUAAUAACAUCUCCCUCCCCUGCUGGCCUUUGUCUCCAAUUAGCUACCACUCGAAAGACACAUCUUUCACUGCAGCACUGAUCAGAGGAUAUGGGAAGGGAUAUGUGAUGCUUUUUAGCAUCUCUGCCCACCCAAGGGUGCAUGAGCUCUCUCUGCUCCCCAGCAGAGGAAUCCCUGGCAUGUGAGAACGAAGGUGAUUCCCAGGGAAGAGGUUUUGGAAGAGGACACAGCUUGGUGCUUUGCUUUCCUCCCUUUUAGGAGGGGAUAGGAAAUGGGUCCGUGUUCCCACUCCCUAACCAAGGUGACUGAGAGGUGAAACUUGGCUCCUGGGACAUAUCAGCAGCAAAACAGCAGAGGGUACUGCAGGGCCAGCUUGCUUUGGCAGAGCUGCAGGGAGGGCUGUGUGCCCCAGCCCGGCUCUCCCAGGCGCAGGCAGCAGUAACAGGCUGGUCAGCGGGUGAAGAGCUGCAGAGCCCUUGGCUGAACCUGACUCAUACUGAUGUAUGCAAAUGUCAAGCAGGGAAAAUACGCUUUACUUCCCAGAACCGUGUGCCCUGCUGUGUUGACACGGCACACCACAUCCCAGAAAGCGAAGCAGUUUGUUGAAUGUCAAGAGUUACGACCUUUUGUCUGGGAAUCUACUGUGGCAUGUGGAGCAUCACAGCCAUCUGGGAAGAAGAUGGAGAUGUGCCUUAUGUGACUCCUCCAGCACCUGUCCUGGGCUGGCCCAGAGGAAGCUGGCUGCCUUGCAUUUGUGUGUCCUGUAGGAACUGGAGUGAAACCAGCAGUACCUGGCAGCCAUUGGCAUUGCCUUAUAGAGUGGGCUAGUUGUUGAUCUCACCCAGGUUUCAGCAUCUGAGAGAGCAACCUGAUGUCUGGAGGUAACACUUUGGAGAAAGCAUAGGACACCUGACUGGAGAAAGCUGUACUAAUUUACCAGUGAGGGACACGUUUUCCUGUCAGCCAGUUGCUGCUAAUUUAGUGUUUUCAGCUUCCUCAUGCCUUUCUCUUCCCCAUACUUCAAGACAGAGCAAAAACUGAUGAUGUGUAAGGAAAAGGCACUGAAUACUCCUCUACCUUGCAAGUAAGCUCACUGCUCCAGCAAGAUAUUAAUGGAACCUUAAAUGAACUAAAAUAAACAAAACCUGGACUCAAAAUGCUUCUCAGGGACCUCUUGUUUUGCCCCUAUGAAGAAAGCUUGACAGCGAGCCCCAGGAUGGUCCUCUGUGGCUUUGAACAAGAGAGCAUCCAGCACCUUCAUGGCUGGGCCACCACACAGAUGGUCUCCCACCAGCCGGGCCAUGACCAGCCAUGUGAGACCAGGCUGUGAGGCUGUGGCAGGAUGAAGAUGAGACGCCAUAAGCUCUUUCUGACUCUCUGCAUGGCUGGUCUCUGCCUCAUCUCCUUCUUGCACUUCCUCAAGGCCCUUUCCUAUGUCACCUUCCCCCGGGAGCUGGCUUCGCUUAGUCCCAACCUCGUCUCCAGCUUCUUCUGGAACAAUGCCCCCGUCACACCUCAGGUCAGCCCUGAGCCGGGGGGCGCUGAGUUCCUCCGCACCCCCCUCUACUCCCACUCCCCCUUGCUCCAGCCCCUGCCUCCCAGCAGAGCCAGCGAAGAGCUGCACAAGGUGGAGUUUGUGCUGCCGGAAGACACAACGGAAUAUUUUGUCCGUACCAAAGCUGGUGGCGUUUGCUUUAAACCAGGCACCAAGGUGUUGGAGAAACCACCCGUGGGAGGGCGGCCUGAGGAGCGGUCAGAUGGGGCGGCGUCGGGGCGGCCGGCUCGCAAGCCACUGAGCGCCACCGGGACCAAGCGGCGCAAGUGGGUGGAGUGCGUGUGCUUGCCGGGCUGGCACGGCCCCAGCUGCGGGGUCCCCACCGUGGUCCAGUACUCCAACCUGCCCACCAAGGACCGCCUGGUGCCGCGGGAGGUCCCCCGGCGGGUCAUCAACGCUAUCAACGUCAACCAUGAGUUUGACCUGCUGGAUGUCCGCUUCCACGAGCUGGGAGACGUGGUGGACGCCUUCGUGGUGUGCGAGUCGAACUUCACGGCCUAUGGAGAGCCGCGGCCCCUCAAGUUCCGCGAGAUGCUCCUCAAUGGCUCCUUCGACUACAUCCGCCACAAACUGCUCUACGUCUUCCUGGACCACUUCCCCCCCGGUGGCCGCCAGGAUGGCUGGAUCGCUGACGAUUACCUGCGCACCUUUCUCACCCGGGACGGCGUCUCUCGCCUCCGCAACCUGCGCCCGGACGACGUCUUCAUCAUUGAUGAUGCCGAUGAGAUCCCGGCCCGCGAUGGCGUGCUCUUCCUCAAGCUCUACGACGGCUGGACGGAGCCCUUCGCCUUUCACAUGCGCAAGUCGCUCUACGGCUUCUUCUGGAAGCAACCAGGCACCUUGGAGGUGGUCUCGGGCUGCACCAUGGGGAUGCUCCAGGCUGUUUAUGCUACUGACGGGAUCCGUCUGCGGCGCCGCGAGUACUACACCAUGCCUGGCUUCCGGCAGUAUGAGAACAGCACGGGACACAUCCUGGUGCAGUGGUCACUGGGCAGCCCCCUCCACUUUGCUGGCUGGCACUGUUCCUGGUGUUUCACCCCAGAGGGGAUCUACUUCAAACUGGUGUCGGCCCAGAACGGGGACUUCCCCCGCUGGGGUGACUAUGAGGAUAAACGAGACCUCAAUUAUAUCCGGGAGCUGAUCCGGACUGGUGGCUGGUUUGAUGGUACAACGCAGGAGUAUCCCCCUGCCGACCCCAAGGAGCAGAUGUAUGCUCCCAAGUACCUGCUCAAGAACUACCAGCGGUUCCGCUACUUGUUGGAGAACCCCUACCGAAAAGUGGAGGGCACUGGUUGAGGCCACCGGGGCUCAUGUGGGAAAUCAGGACUUCACAACAAAAGGAAAGAGUCGGAUGUUUUCAUCUGUUCCUUUCUUUUUUUUGUUUUGUUUGGUUCUGGGUGGGGUGUGCCAUUUCUCCGGGGUCUCUGCCCUCCCUCCCUUCCUUCUCUUCUUCUCUUCAUCCCAAGGUGACCCUGGGGAUGUGAAUUCCUCAGUCGUGUGAAGAGCAGGAGGAGGAGAGAUGUUGGGGACCUCCUCUGGAAGUAGCAUAAAGACUUUCCUGCAUCUCCCAGACCUCUCCCGCUGGCUGGAGAGAAUCUCUGCAGUCAGCUGGCGGAUUUUCCUCCGGGGGAGGUUGGGAGGGUCCCACGGGGAAAGAGGGCAGCUGUUCCCAUCCACCCUCAUCCUCUGUGGAUCGGAGCAAGCACAGAUGCGAGCCUGGGCUAUUCAGUGAGCGUGUGAGUCAGCAGGCACAAACUGAUGUUGAGUGGUCACGUGUGCAGAUGUGUGUCACAGGCAUUUUUUGGAUGAGUGAAUGUGCAAAAGCAUCUCAGUAUGCGUUUGUUGGUUUUUUUUUUUUAUACCUCUAUAUUUGAAGAGUAUUUUGGGGAAGGGAAAUCCGUUGCUUCCAAGUUUUUUUUUUCCCCAAGAUGCGUCCUCCUCCCGCAGGCUUAAUGCAUCUGUCCAGGGCUGUGUCUUGGCCUGAUGCUCUACCAGUCCUGGAGCAGGCAGAUGGGAAGCGGAGGAGAAAGCUGACCUUUUUUUUUUUUUUUAAUUAUUAUUUUUAUUUUAUUUUUAAGUCCUUUGUCACCCCUGCCCCCACAACACUGCACUGGCUUGGCCCACAGAAGCUGAAGCAUCUUCCCUGCAGUACGUGCUUCUGUUGGGGCUGGGAUGAGCUGCAGGGACUUAAUCAGAUGAUGGGAGUGUAUGUUUACAAGUGCAUGGUUUCCUAUGUGCAUGAGUGCUAACAUGCAUGGGUUUGGUAUGCACGUGGGGGUUCGUUGCCAGUACUGGGGGGGAAGGGGACAUAGGCGGGUUUGGGUGUGCGUGCUUUCAGGAAAUGGUGGGAUCCAGAAGCUGUGACCUUCGUCUCAGCAUGGAUGACUUUUUUGGGGAAUUCAGGGGGCCAGGGAGAGCAUUGGCUCUGCAUAGCAGUGCUAUAUGUGUGGGACUGUUGUGUGCCUCUCUGGCUGCCUCUGCAACCCUGCAAGCUGUGCCUGAUGUGGGGCUCCUGCUUGUAUGUGCUGGCUAUUUCUCCUUGCUGUAGGGUAAAAGGGAGAGGAGAAGGGCAAAGCUCUGAGUCAGCAACGGGUAUUGUGGGGAAACACAAAGCCUGUGAAGGCACAGGAUCCAUCCAUCUGCCCUUAAGGUGUGAAGGAGCUUGUGAAGAAAUGGGCCAUGGGCAGACUGUUUUGGGAGCAUCGUGCAAUCCAGAGAACAUGUAUAACCUGGGCCAUGCAGGCAAGACCAUGCAGAGGAGAGGGGAUGUAGGAGGACACUACUUGCAGCUGGUUGGGCCAGUGUCUGCUCAGAGUUGCCAGUGGUGGGUAGUCAGGAUCUGGCCUGUCACUGUAUUGGAUUGAUUCAGCUCAUUGAGGAGGCAGAUCCACAUCUCCACCCUUACCACCCUUCCUUAGCAGAUGGCUUGACGGGGUGCCCAGAGCCUGGUCUGUAGCGGGCAGAGGGUGAAAAACAUGAUAUACUCACUCUUCUAGCCUUGCAGUGGAACAACUGGCUCAUGUUCCAAGCCCAGAAGUGAGGAUCAUAUAUAGGAGGAGGAAAAUGCUGGCAUAAAGAAGAGUGACCCUGACAUCAGGCCAGCUGUGCUGAAGCAGCAGUGGGGGUUCCAUUGCCAUUAACUCACUCCAUCAGGGUCCAUAUUCCUGUGUUGUCCAGCUCAUUCCUGCCCUUGUGCCUCAUUCCUAUCUCUGCAUCUUUCUCUUUUCCCCUCCUACUCCCCUCUCUAGAGAAGUGAAAAACACCAACAAAAAUAACUUGAUUGCCUAAGAAGACUGAGACUGGAACAGAAUGAAGAUGAACACCUUUUCCUGAUCAAACUGAGAUGGAGUUCAUCUUGGCUCCUUCCACAUCUCAUGUGCCAUAUUGCCUGCUUAGAAGAACUGAAGGACCCUCUUUUUUGUUGUUGUUGUCGUCUUUGUUUUUUAAAUUACUGUUCCCACUUUUUCUGUAUCUUCCCCACAGGUAGAAAAACCCCUUUGGGAACUGAGUGGAAGGAGAAACUUUGGUAGGCAGGAUGCUCUUCCUCCCAAAGGGAAGUCGUGGUCCUUGUGGCUCUCUCAAGUCCAGACAUGUUGAUGCAGCAGGAGGGAGUCUUCUCACAGUCAUGGGGUCCCUGUGCCAAGUGCCUAUGUGAAGGUCUUGGGCAUAGAGAGAAUAUAGAGAGAUGGGGACCCAGCUGAGAAAGAAGGAGCCUGUGUUGAGCAAGGUGAGAGCUGUAGCACUGAGGCAGCAGCAUGAGGGGAUGUGCUUUCCCCAGAGGCAGCUGGAGGAGAGCAGGUAUGUUAGGUUGUGGAGUUCAGCAGCAGAAAAGUAUGGAAAGAAGAAGCUAUUUCUCGUUUUCACUCUUGGAAGGGAGCCCGAGAUCUGCUCUCAGACCUUUGGCUUUGCCUUAUCUUAGUGACAACACCAUGAACCCAGUGCCAGGCUUUGCUGCAGAUAAGGGAGAAAGAGAAGCCAGUCUUUGCAUGGGUGCUUUGGUAACACCAGAGCCCCAUGGAAGCAAGGGCUAAAGUGCGUGCAUGCUGGGGCUGCACCUCGUUAUCUUCUAUAGUGGGAGCAGCCUGUCCUCUGAUGCGGGUUCUUCUGGUACAUGGGUGUCCUUGGGGAUUUUUUAGUGCACUGCAAGUCAAGUUUUCAUCACUGAGGUAUGGCCUUUGUAUCUCGGGGUUUUCAGUUAAACCCACAGCAGUAAUAUCUGGAUGUCCUAUUCCUGAAGCACAGCCUGUUGCCUUCUCUCCCAUUUCUUCCAUUAUUUGCUCCAUCAUUCUCCACCUCCUCUUCCAUACUGCCUCUCUCUUCUGUCUCCUUGGGUGAGAGGAGAAGGUCCUGCUGUAACAGCAGUGCUGGAGCUCUUCUGCAGGACUCUGGCCCUGUCCUCCUACUGGACUUAAUCACUUCCUUAUUCUUAGGAAAUUAAAUUUAAAACACUUCUGUUGUGGUGGGAGGAAGGGGCUUUACAGAGUAAAUGCAUUCUCUUUUUUUUUUUUUUUUUUUUUUCUGUUUCUCAAGAAUCAUUUAAACAUUUUUUGAUUUAAGGCCAAAACAGUCC